UAUGUUCGAGUCUUGCAUUCCCUGUAGUGCUUAUUCAAUUGCUCGCGGACAGUGUACAUUUGUGCAGUUGUAUGAGUUGUUUUCGUAUUUUUUCUGUACGAUUGUGGAUCAAUUACACUUUUUUCGAAUUCAUUAAUAAAAUAAAAUUACUUGUAAUUAAGAUAGCAGGAUUACCAUAAAAAUUGUCUAAGGACAACUCUUAAUGUGAAGUGGUAUGCUUCUCAGAGGUGACUAGUCACAUUGUCUGUUUUAAUUCACAAUAAGUCUUUUUUUCAAAUUGAAAUAAUUUAUGUGUAAAAAUCAAGCAACUGGCAGUGACUCAUGAUGAAUCUUUUCCUGUCAUUCAUUAUUAUUGUAAUAUUCCAUGGAGCAUCAAGAAGUGUAAAUCCUUCAAAAAUACAUCGACCAAAAACUUGCCGAGAAGUGUUCGACAGUGGUUUAGGAGAUGAAGACGGUUCCUAUUGGAUAAAUCCCAGUCAAGGUGAUGAAAAAUAUAUGAUCUUAGCUGAUUGUAAACUCAAAACACGUGAAACGUGUGUAUCCUCGCACCCAUAUAGUUCGAAAAAGUUUGAUAUUUCUGGGGCUAAAUCAGAAGUUUGGUUAGGAAAACGACAUCCCAGUUACCAGAUCGCUUACCGAGCAGAUGAUAAUCAGCUGAGAAUGUUGCAACAGAUGUCCAAAUAUGCAACACAAACUAUUACUUAUCAUUGUAAGAAUGUUAUUGUGUACUACGACAGUAUCAACAAAAAUUUUGAGAAAAGCGUAAAAUUACUGGGAUGGAAUAACGAUGAAAUCACCCCGCAAAACCUUUCAAAUUUACAAUUUAUGUCCGGUUACGACAAUUGUCAGCAUAUAAACCAUCUUCAUAGCUCAGAAACGCGCAUCACGUACUCAACUAACGUACCUUCCCAACUCCCAAUCACUGAUAUAGCAGUUCGAGAUGUCGGAAGGCCUAGACAAUAUAUUUACGUGGACAUUGAACCUGUUUGCUAUCUUUAAUAGCGAUUUUCCAUCAAGAAUUUUGAGCAAAAUUGAAGAAUUUAUACCCAAAACCUAGCUGAUUAAGCAUGGAAUGAUCUUUAUCGCUCACUUUUCAGAAAUAGUGUAGCUACCUAGUACCUACUUUCAUUAUGUAAGAUUUACUGAGAAAAAAUAAAUGUCAAACAAUGUUG